AUGAAAGAACAACAACGUCUAAUAGCAUCACGGAGAGCACACAGAGCACAUUUAACGAAAGUUUUGAAGAAAAUUACGGAACUAAAAGAAGUAGAAGACGAUCAAAAUGAACAGCAUGCUAUUGUGACACUUGGCAGUUAUUUAGAGCAACUCCAACGGAAAGGACAGGUACUAUCAGAACUAGACAAUAAGAUAUUUGAACUAUUCACAAAACCUGAAGAUUUGGAAGCAGAUAUUAUCGAGGCAGAAGACACACAGAGUUUUAUCGCAGAGACAAUUUGUACAACUAAAAAUUUUAUUGAGAACAAAACCAAGUCCAUGAACAUAAGUCAGCGCGACCAAGCAGCAGGAGCGAGUAACAAUAUUCAACAAACGCCAGAAAGCAACCAGGCAACAAGCAGUGAGAGUGAACCAGCAGGAAAUCAACCAUCAACACCAGAAGAGACACAACCACAAUCAAGCACAGUAAGUGAAAAUUUACCUGUCAAUUUAAACCAGCAACCCACUACAAGUACGUCAGUUACAAGUACAAACCCCACCAUUUCGAACAGUAGUUACAGCAUGAGUCGACUCCCAAAGUUAGCACUACCAACCUUUGACGGCAACCCCUUGAAUUGGCAAACGUUCUGGGAUUCCUUCCGCACAACAAUUGACAUACCAUAACGAAAUCAAUAAUCUCGCAGCGAAAAAGGCACAACGAUUACCUUUAGUACGCCAACUUCGUCUAUUCAAGGACAAGUUUGGUCUUCUUCGCUCUGGUGGGAGAAUACACAACGCGCCCCUCGCAGAAUCAACGAAAUUCCCAAUACUUCUACCACCGAGAAAUGACUUCACGAAGCUCAUAAUCGUCGAAACUCAUGUUCGCCAAUUACACUCGGGUGUGAACGCGACACUAACAGCGCUACGUCAACGAUAUUGGAUUCCUUCCGGACGACAACUCGUGAAGAAGAUCAUCAAUAAAUGUGUCACCUGCAGGAAGAUAUGCGGAAGCUCGUAUAAUCCUCCAGAUCCACCACCAUUGCCGAAAGCAAGACUUCAACAAACACGACCAUUUGAAAUCACAGGUGUUGAUUUCACUGGAGCAUUGUACGUAAAAGAAUCGGGAACAGAAAAUAAAGCAUACAUUUGUCUCUUUACGUGCGCCACCACAAGAGCUGUACAUCUCGAAAUUGUGUCGGACAUGUCUGUACCAACGUUUAUCCUUGCAUUCCGUAGAUUUGUUGCUCGGAAAUCACUACCCAAAUUAAUGAUGUCAGACAAUGCUUCUACAUACUUGUCGGCAGCGGAAGAACUGAAGAAAUUGUUUGAAUCACCCAUACUGAAAGAAACACUCAUUAGACAGAAUGUACAAUGGCAAUUCAUUCCAAAGAGAGCACCGUGGUUCGGUGGCUUUUGGGAGAGAUUGAUAGGACUGACGAAAACAGCUUUAAAGAAAGUACUUGGAAGAGCGUCAGUGAACUUAGUAAUGCUACAAACAAUCGUGGUGGAAAUCGAAGCCAUUUUAAACGAUAGACCAUUGACAUACGUGUCGUCAGACGUAAAGGACCAACAACCACUUACACCAUCGCACCUCUUAUAUGGCAGAAGAAUAACAGUCCUACCAAAUGAGUCCCUAGAGGAAGAUGAGUUGAUUGAUCCGAACUUCAACGAAAAUGUAGAAAUCCAAAGGAACGCCAAGAGACUAGUACUACUCCUACAACACUUUGAGCAACGUUGGAGACAAGAGUAUCUCACAUCCUUGCGAGAAUUCCAUAAGAAUACUGGUACAGAAAAGGAAACUAUCAAAGUAGGAGACGUUGUACAAGUCCAUGAUGAUAAAUCUCGACUAACAUGGAGAUUAGCAGUGAUCGAAAGUUUAAUUUGAGGACGGGAUGGACAUGUGCGAGCUGCUAACAUUCGAACAGCAUCCGGAAAGACUAAUAGACCCAUAACGAAACUUUAUCCUCUAGAAGUAGCAGCUAAAACAGAAGAACCAGGCCUCGUAGACAAGGAUUGUGUCCAACAAGAAAAUGCAGCAACCGAAAUUACUCCACGACCGAAACGGACAGCCGCGUGUAAAGCAGUUGAACAAAUCAGGAGAUGGACCCGAGAACUUCGCGUGCCCCCGGAGGAUGUCGUAAAUAAGUAGACAAACAUUAUACAUUGAUAACAUGAAGUAUUGACUGUUUUCGCGCCCCUUUUCAUGGACGCCAUGUUGUUGUUAUUCCACGCUUUAUAUUAUCGAAAGAACCUGUAUUAAUCGUAACAAUAUACCAAUAAAUACUUGAAACCGAUUGUAAUGUUGUGAAAAUCUCACCCAAUUCUAAUGUCAAAGUGUGUCAUAAUCCUCGCAGCGGCUAUCCCUAAAACAGGGAAUGGGAAUCCGGGAAUCGUGCUAAUUUAUAAUCCUACCUUAUAUUUAAACUGAUAAGAAGGGAUAUAAGGCCUGUUUUAUUCGUCGAAUUUUGGUGGCGUCGAAUGCAAUUAAGACUAUCAAAAAAACGCAAUCCAAGUUUAAGGCUUUAUAACCAAAAUAAUAUGGAUUUCCAUGUCUUAUCUUUUAUGGAUUUCCAUGUCUUAACGUUCAUGUUUUGGCCUUAUCUUUCUUCUAUUCAAUAAGUGGUCGAUUGUGAAUUUUAGGCCAUUUAUAACUUCAAAAUAAGUGAUUUACUGCAAGCAGUCAUUUUUAGAUGCUUCGAACUCGACAUUCUUAAUUCCCAAAGGUACGUUAUCAUUGCAUGCGAAUAAUUUGUUUGGAAUGUUUCCGCUAAAUAAUUUUAAAGUCUUAGGCAUCAUGCCACGGCUCAUUACGGCAGAAAGAACUUUUAUUGUUGAAAUUUACUUUGUAACAAAAAGUAUUCAGGAAGUUUUAAGAUUGUUUCGAAUAGCUUUCCCGGAUCGACACGUCCCAAAUUCGACGACCGUUUCGCGUAACGCACGUAAAUGCCGGCAGCACGGCACGAGUCUUAAUCGAAACAAGGGAAAUUCGGGAAGAAUGAAAACUGGAAGAUCCGAAGAAAAUAUUGAAGCAGUCGCUCAACAGCUUGAAAACAACCCACAUGUGAGUUCAAGAAGGAACGUACUCGGCCUUCCGUCGGCAACAUUUAACUAAAUCACGCGUCAGGACUUAAGAUGGCAUCCUUACCAAAUAAACGUUCGACACGAGUUAAAAGACAAUGAUUAUCCCGAGGCGACUUGAAUUCUGCCGAUGGUUCAACCAACAGCUACGAAACCCUCGAUUCUUAGCAAAUUUCGUUGUUGGGACGAGGCCGGAUUUUGUAUGAAUGGUGAAGUUAAUUCUCACAAUAGAGACCUUAAGAUUGACGUUUACGGCAAACGUCAAACCGCUAGCGAAGUUUUUGAUUUUACAACUCUAUUAUUAUAGCUUUCACACCAGUUUUGAAAUAUGUUAAACUUAUUAAACUUGUGCUCUUUAUCAAUGAUUUAAGAAAGCAAAUUAACCACUAGUCAUGCCAUUCACCAAAGCAGUAAAUUAAGAUUUGGCGAUUGAAAUUGACGUUUGGCGUAUAAAUUUCAUGCUUUAACGACUACAAGCCCUCGUAGCAGUUCAAGCAUGAAAUUUAUACGCCAAACGUCAACUUCAAACGCCAAAUCUUAAUUUACUGCUUUGGUGAAUGGGAUGACUAGUGGUUAAUUUGCUUUCUUUAAAUCAUUGAUAAAGAGCACAAGUUUAAUAAGUUUAACAUAUUUCAAAACUGGUGUAAAAGCUAUAAUAAUAGAGUUGUAAAAUCAAAAACUUCGCUAGCGGUUUGACGUUUGCCGUAAACGUCAAUCUUAAGGUCUCUAAUGUCCGCCAGUACGCUCCCGGAGGCAAACCACCAGACGUUCAUUAUUACAGACGCCACCAGAAGAUAUCAACGAUCUGAGAAAGAAGAUACAGCUUGAAGCAGAUGCUUUGCAUGGAAAUCGUGAACUUAUAAGAAGAGUUGCACGAGAAAUGCAACGUCGAAGUGAUUUGUGUGUGCUGAGAAAUGGUGGCCACGUUGAAUAA